AUUUAGGUUAUUAUAUUAGGUUUUCUCCAUUAUAGUAAAAAUUAAAAUUGUAAUGGAAAAAAAUAAUACUGUGGUUUUAGCAUAUAGUGGUGGUCUAGAUACAUCAUGUAUUUUAGUAUGGUUAAUUGAACAAGGCUAUGAAGUAAUUGCAUUUUUGGCUAAUAUAGGACAGAAUGAAGACUUUGAAUUAGCUAGAAUGAAAGCUGUUAAACUUGGAGCCAAAAAGAUUUUUAUUGAAGACUUACGAGAAGAAUUUAUUUCAGAAUUUAUCUGGCCAACUGUACAAGCAAAUGCUAUUUAUGAAGACAGAUAUUUAUUGGGAACAGCAAUCGCAAGACCCUGUAUUGCAAGAAGACAAAUACAAAUAGCUUUAAAAGAAAAGGCUGCAUUUGUUUCACAUGGUGCAACUGGAAAGGGAAAUGACCAAGUGAGAUUUGAAUUGACCUACUAUACUUUAUAUCCUGGUGUCAAAGUAAUUGCACCUUGGAAAAUUCCUGAGUUUUAUGAGAAAUAUCAAGGCAGAGCAGCUUUGUUUGAUUAUGCAAAGUUGCAUGACAUUCCAUUGCCUAUAACUAAAGAAAAUCCAUGGAGUAUGGAUGCUAAUAUAAUGCAUAUAAGUUAUGAAUCAGGUAUUCUCGAAGAUCCGAAUGUAGAAGGACCACCCAAUAUUUAUCAGAUGUCAACAAAUCCUGAGGAAUCUCCAAAUGAGCCUGACAAAAUUGAAAUUCAAUUUAAAAAUGGGAAACCAAUAUCAGUUAAAAACUUAAAAGAUUGUGAAUGCUAUACAAACCCUUUAGAAAUUUAUUUAUAUCUCAACAAAAUUGGUGGUUUCCAUGGUGUUGGUCGAAUUGACAUAGUUGAAAAUAGAAUGAUUGGUAUCAAGUCUAGAGGCAUUUAUGAAACACCUGGAGGAGAAAUAUUACGACAAGCUCAUUUGGACAUUGAAGCCUUAACCAUGGACAGGGAAUUGAGAAAGUUGAAAUCUUACCUUAGCAAUCAGUUUUCUGAGCAAAUUUAUAAUGGUUUAUGGUUUAGUCCUGAAUGUGAUUUUACUAGGUUUUGCAUUGAUAAUAGCCAGAAAUAUGUAGAAGGAACUGUUCGAUUGGCUUUAUUUAAAGGGCAUGUUUAUGUGAAAUCAAGAUGCUCCGACUACUCUCUUUAUAACAAAGAAUUAGUGAGUAUGGACAAGAAAGGAGAUUUCAACCCAAAAGAUGCCGAAGGAUUUAUUAAAGUAGCUUCUCUAAGAUUGAGUCAAUACGCUCAACUUCAAAAGAAAUCCCAAGAUAAUUAAUUGCUUCGUUUUUGUUGAUUGUUAUGUCGGACCGAUUAUUUAUGAUUUUUUACUAUUUUCAAAUGAUUUUUAUAAUUAUAUUAAACCAAUUUUAUUGUUUG